GCUUGCUACCCCCAAAAGUCCUCCCGCGAGAGAGAGUUGUUUCGCAAUCACUUGCAACAGCAGCAGCAGCAGCAAGUCGGUUUUUUGUCGCGCCGAGUGUCGAAAAAAUAGAAAAUUAAAACCAAUUUUUGGCCCGCGUGUGCGUGAGUGUGUGCGCGUCGUGGAAAACCUCGCUGGAGAUCGUGUCCGCGGAAUUUCUCGGCCACCGAUCGGUGUUGUGAUCCGAACGAAAACCUGAUUUUUUGAGCUCUCCCUCUUACUCUUUCUCUUUGCCAAUCGCGCUGGGAGAGGAGAGCGUGACUCGUGUGAGUGAGAGCGGUGUGUGCGGGUGAAGUGAAGUUUGUGAAUGGAGUGGGUUGAGGGGGGACGUGCACGAGCAGGCGAUUCUCUUUAAAGAAAACGCUGCUGGAGCUGCGAGCCUUGAUAAUGGAACAACACCUGUACUGAGGCAGCAGCACCGGAGAGCGAGAGAGAGAGAGCCGCUCGCGCUCUCGCGAGCCCACUCUGAGCUGAUAAUCUGGUGGUGGUGCUGCGCGCGCGCUACCCGAAUAUCUUCAAGAUCCUCCCUGUGCGGACCUGUACGACUGGAAAUCGCCGUAGCUCUGGCCCGGCUGGCUUUCUGCUUUUCGGGGGGGUUUCGACCGUAAUGCUGCCGACCGAUCGGCUCACAAUUAUUUUGACUAUGGCGUGUUUAAGUUCGUCGAAUCGGGUGUGCGCCCGCGUCGUGCAGGAAAAACUGUGUCAGUUCGUGGCCGUUGGCAAAAAUCAGCCCCUGGUGGCCGCUAGCGGAAGUAACGCUGGCGGAUCUGGUGGUGGCGGAAUCGGUUCCGGAACUGGAAGCAAUGGGAAGCAAACGGUGGGCGGUAAUCGCCAGUGUGUCGGAAUCGCCGGAAGUGCCGCCGUGGGCCAGCAGAAGAAAUCCGGCCACUAUCCGUUGUUUACAUCCGGGAGUGGCAGUGGCAACUUUGUGCGCGGAAUCGGUAACAACAGCUUCGGUGUAGUGGAAUCGUUCAAGUACGGACCCUCGGCGGCGGCGGCAGGACUCGGUCUCGGAAUCGGAAGUGUGCGCAAUUUCUACAGCUCCUCGCUGGUGCGCAACCUCUUCCAGAAGAAUCAGCCAUCCAGCACAGCACAGAUCCUUCCACCGGUGACACAUCCCUGCAUGCGAGGGUACAGCUCCGUCCACACACAGCAACCCGCCGGCCCGAUCCGGGAGUACAACAUCGACCCGUACAUCCUGCUGGACGAGGAGCUCAAAUACAUCUUCGAAGACAUCAGAGCAUACGAUUGGAUAAAUAUUUUGAACAACGUAGUGCACGCACAGCGACAAAUCGCCAUGAUUUCGGAAAUGAUCCACACCGCCAGCCUGGUCCACGACGACGUCAUCGAUCAGUCGUUCGCGCGGCGGGGUAAACCCAGCGUCAACGUCAUAUGGAAUCAUAAAAAGGUCACACAAGCCGGCGAUUAUGUCCUUGCGAUUGCAUCGAUGCUGUUGGCCCGCCUUAAACACGACGAAGUCACACAUAUCCUCAGUCAGGUACUCACAGACUUGGUGCAGGGUGAGUUCAUGCAGCUAGGCUCCAAGGAAACGGAAAACGAACGAUUCGCUCACUACUUCACCAAGACGUACCGGAAAACGGCAUCCCUCAUAGCGAAUAGUUUGAAGGCGGUGGCGGUCCUGUCCGGCGCGGACGAACAGAUGGUCGAGCUGAGCUUCCAGUACGGGCGCAACCUCGGGCUGGCGUUCCAGUUUGUGGACGACCUGCUCGACUUUGUGUCCAGCUCGGAGGCGAUGGGCAAGCCGGCCGCGGCCGACCUGAAGCUGGGCCUGGCCACCGCGCCGGUGCUGUUUGCGUGCGAAAAGUUCCCCGAGCUGAACCCGAUGAUCCUGCGCCGCUUCCGCGAGCCCGGCGACGUCGAGCGGGCGUACGAGCUGGUGCACAAGUCCCAGGGUCUGGAGCAGACGCGCUUCCUCGCGCGCAAGCACUGCAUCGAGGCGCUCCGGCUAGCGUCCCAAAUCAGCGAAUCGCCGUAUCAAAAGGGUUUGAUAGUGGUCGGCGACUUUGUGCUGAACCGAAUGAAAUAGUAGUGGCCGCGGUGUGGCGGUGACUAUUUCGAGCAGAAUUCGUGAGAAAAGAAAACGAGAACGAGAUCGUGUGCGUGCGUUAGCGUUUGUGUGUGUGUGUGUGGGGAGAGUGAAAGUUUUAUAUUAGAUUUAUAAAUAUAUUCAAUUUAACGCGUGUGCAUGAAGAAGAAGAAAAAUACAAGUUUAGCAUUAAUUUAGCCAGGUUUUGGGGACACGAAAGCAAAUGGGCAGCAGCUGCGGCUCGGGUUUUGUUGCUUGCGAGUGUGAGCUUGAGCGCGGGGAAAAAAGUGCCUGGUUUUGCUUAACCUUUUUUUUUCUUUUGUUUGUUGGGUGUUUUAAAACUAUCCGAGCGUUUGUGUGUGCGAUAUUAGAGUGAUUGGGUGAGAAAUCAGUGCGGGUUUAUUAUAUAUGUUAACAUUUUUUGUAUAGAAAAAAAAGAAGAAAACACAAUCUCCAGCUGCGGCAGACGUGCGCGCUGGAAGUCAGUAACUUUAUUUAGCGUGUGCAGAGAGAGAGAAAAAAAAACAAUCUUAAAUUUAGUGUGAAUUCUAUUCAAAGCGGAAAAAACAACAACAGCAAUCUACAACACGAACCGACACAGCUGCAACUUUCAAUAUACUCUCGUACGAAGUGCAAUGUCAACCCUCGUUGACUCAUUUUAUUUUAUUUUUUUUGUUUCUUUAUUUUUCACUUAUUUUAUGUACAGAGUAGUGGCGCGAUUAGUGUGUACGGUUUAGCGUUUCAAGCAACGAAAAAAAGACAUUAUUCUUAGUGCAGAAAGUGCGCGUGCGAGGCGUGUUUGCGUGCGUAAAGUUGGUUUAGAGUAAAG